AUAAAAAAGAUAUGGGCGGCUGUUUCAAGGAUAAGGUAGUUUGGAGCGUGUCAACUGAGAGAGAGAGAGAGAGUGGAGAAAAAUAAAUCAGAGAUGGCACAUGUUGGUGAAAUUCAGGUCGACGAAGAUGAUGGGGAGAAUAAUAUGGCAGCUUGGCUGCUUGGGAUCAAAACCCUCAAAAUUCAACCUUACCAUCUUCCUCCUCUCGCAAUCGAAUGGACAAUUGAAUUAAUACUCAGUUAUGUUGUGGAGCAAUUAUCUGUCGUCUUAGGUCCUCAUGAUGUGAAAGUGGGCAUAAAAGCUCUUGGCAUUUGCGGAAGUGACGUUCACCAUUUCAAGACAAUGAGGUGUGCAAAUUUUAUUGUUAAAAAACCAAUGGUUAUUGGACAUGAGUGUGCUGGGAUCAUAGAAGAAGUAGGAAGCGAAGUGAAAUCCUUGGCAGUAGGAGAUCGCGUGGCAUUGGAGCCUGGCAUUAGUUGCCAGAGAUGCAAUCUCUGCAGAGAUGGCCGCUACAAUCUUUGUCCAGAAAUGAAGUUCUUUGGAUCUCCUCCAACUAAUGGCUCUCUUGCCAAUAAGGUGGUACAUCCUGCAAAUCUAUGUUUUAAACUACCUGAAAAUGUGAGCCUGGAAGAGGGAGCAAUGUGUGAACCCCUCAGUGUUGGAGUCCAUGCCUGUCGCCGGGCAGAAGUAGGUCCUGAAACAAAUGUGUUGAUCAUGGGAGCAGGUCCCAUAGGCCUUGUUACCUUAUUGGCUGCUCGUGCAUUUGGAAGCCCCAGAAUUGUCAUUGUUGAUGUUGAUGAUUGCCGUCUAUCUAUUGCAAAGAAUCUGGGUGCAGAUGAGAUUGUUCAAGUUUCAACAAAUAUUCAGGAUAUGGGUGAAGAAGUGGCGAAGAUACAAAAUGCUAUGGCUUCAAAGAUUGAUGUGAGUUUUGAUUGUGUUGGUUUCAACAAAACCAUGUCUACAGCUUUGAAUGCCACAGGAACAGGUGGAAAAGUUUGCCUUAUUGGAUUGGCGCAGAGCGAAAUGACCAUCCCGCUCACUAUGGCAGCUGUGAGGGAGGUUGAUGUAAUUGGCAUAUUCCGGUACAGAAAUACCUGGCCACUCUGCAUUGAAUUCUUGAGGACCGGAAAGAUUGAUGUGAAACCCCUCAUAACUCAUAGGUUUGGAUUCUCUCAAAAGGGUAUAGAAGAUGCUUUUCAAACCAGUGCUGCUGGUGGCAAUGCCAUUAAAGUCAUGUUUAAUCUGUAAUCCAUCCUUAGUCAAAAGAGAAUGGGAAUUAUCUGCAUAUAAUAUAGCGUAAAAGAUGUGAAAUGGUCAAUUCUUCUGUUGAGCCAGUGCCAUGAUUAUUUCUGAAUCUCAGUCUAGUUGCUUCUCGAAAUGGCUUUGUUAAUAUACUCUCAAGAAAUAAUGUGUUCUUUCGUUUGGCAUUAAUUUCGCAGUAUAAUAAAGGAGGAUAGCAUAUAGAAGCUUAAC